CCCGCAGCCGACUUAUAUGGCGCUUGCAAGGUGUCCGGCGGCACUCUGAAGCUGCCUCGCUUGGCCGGACGAGUGCCCUGCUCCCGAGGAAGCCCGGCAGGAUGGCGAAAUGUGGAGAAUGUGGCCCGGGGUACAAGACUCCUCUGGAAGCAAUGAAAGGUCCCAGGGAAGAGAUCGUGUACCUGCCCUGUAUCUACAGGAACACUGGAAUCCAGAAGCCAGACUACCUGGCUACUGUGGACGUGGACCCCAAAUCUCGAACCUACUGCCAGGUCAUCCAUCGCUUGCCCAUGCCCAACGUCAACGAUGAGCUCCACCACAGUGGGUGGAAUGCCUGCAGCAGCUGCUUUGGGGACACCACCAAGAAAAGGAACCGGCUCAUUCUUCCCAGCCUGAUCUCCUCUCGGAUUUAUGUGGUGGACACGGGCACGGACCUACGAGCUCCCAGGCUGUAUAAGAUGGUCGAGCCCGUGGAGGUAUACUGGAAGUGCAACUUGGCCAACCCACACACCACCCACUGCUUGGGCACUGGCGAAAUUAUGAUCAGCACCAUGGGAGACCCUUCCGGCAACGGGAAAGGUGGCUUUGUCUUGUUGGAUGGUGAGACCUUUGAGGUCAAGGGGAACUGGGAAAGAGGCUCCAAAGUCCCCUCGCUGGGCUACGACUUCUGGUACCAGCCACGGCACAACGUCCUGAUGAGCACCGAAUGGGGCGUGCCCAAAUGCCUUGUGAAUGGAUUUAAUCCAGCCGAUUUGGAGAAAGGUUGCUAUGGUGGUAACAUUAACGUGUGGGACUGGACCACCCAUGAGCUCAUCCAGUCCAUCGACGUGGGGAAGAAUUCCAUCCCCCUCGAAAUCCGCUUUCUCCACGAUCCGGAUGCUUCGCAAGGGUUCAUCGGCUGUGCUCUCAGCAGCGCGGUCCAUCGUUUCUACAAGACUCAGGACGGGACGUGGGCAGCCGAGAAGGUGAUCCAGGUGCCCAACAAGAAGGUGGAAGGAUGGCUUCUUGAAGAUAUGCCAGGUCUCAUCACGGACAUCCUGAUUUCGUUGGACGACAGAUUCUUAUAUUUCAGCAACUGGAUCCAUGGAGACAUUCGCCAGUAUGAUAUUAGCAACCCUCAGAAGCCCAAACUGGUGGGCCAGGUCUUUCUCGGAGGCAGCAUCGUAAAAGGAGGGCCGGUCACCGUGGUUGAGGACCAGGAGCUGGAGUGCCAGCCCGAUCCCUUCGUGAUCAAGGGAAAGAGGGUCCAAGGUGGGCCACAAAUGAUCCAGCUGAGCUUGGAUGGCAAGAGGCUGUACGUUAGCACCUCGCUUUACAGCGGCUGGGACAAGCAGUUCUACCCCGACCUGAUCGAGGAAGGUUCUGUUAUGCUACAAAUCGAUGUGGACACGCACAAAGGCGGCUUGAAAGCGAACAAGAAUUUCCUGGUGGAUUUUGGGAAGGAGCCUCACGGACCAGCCCUCGCCCAUGAGAUCCGCUACCCCGGUGGAGACACCACCUCUGAUAUCUGGAUCUAAAGGAAGGCCUCGUGGGGAGCAGUCUGGGCUGUGUGUGGGGGGUGGGGGUGGUGGUAGCUGAUGGUCUCUCCGUGUCUCCUUUCCAGGCAUUACAGUGAAAUGCAAGUGUGGUGUCGAUCUAGUUCACACGGAAUCAGUUUCAGAUUCCCCCAGCCUGGAGUUUAGCCUUGCCUUCCUAACUCAGCCAGUUUUACGUUUCAGCAGGACAGUGUGGUAGAGCUCCUCCUGGACUGCACCACUUCCAGCGGCAGGAGGGGUUGCGCUUUAGAAAGCUCCUGCUUCCUUCACGUAGAAACCUUUGAAGUGGGACAUUAGUGCUGAGCUCAGCUUUCUCCCUGAUAACGCUGAUUUUUACCUUGGCAGGGAGUUUUCCCUGUGGGUGGGAAAAGCCAGAAAAAGCUUGAUCCUACUAUCAGCAAACUGCCUCUUCUUCCCUUCCCAGCCAAGUCUCUUUGCUGAUCAGACUUGCAUAUCUGACCACAAUACUCCGCGUGAUGAUCGUCUGAGCCACCACUUCUAAGCUACGCAGCCUGAUCUACUUAAACUGUUUGUCCUCAUGGAAAGAGAUUCUUCCUUAAGUCGGUGAGGAAUUUCUCGCUUGCUUGAUCUUUCAGGAUGGGUGUGGGGUAGGUUCUUUGUUAAGGCUGGCCGCAAUUGAGGGAAGGUCCAAACCCAAUGGAUUUAUGCUCCUAGGUGGAACAGCGCUUCAGGCCUAGCAUGGCAGGUGGUGGGGCUGGCCCGCCAGGAGCAGCAGUGCACCUUUUACAAUUGUUGAUAUUGUGCUGCUGGGAUCAGUCAGGGAUCACACAGCUGCUGUAGAUUCCAAGGUAGUGAUCGUACCAGCUGGCCGGUGCACAUAGUUUAGGGCAACUGCACUUAAGGUCACGAGGAAUGUCGGACCCAUGAUGUUCAAAAGCACACCCUGUAGGCCCAAGUCCCAGUCUAUUCUGGAAAAACUCUGAUUUGUAUGCAGCCUAUAUCAACAGACUAAGUAGCCCCUUGUACAGAUUCUAGUGCACGUAAGAAUACAUUCCCUCUCCUGAAACAAACACGACAGUCUUGCCCGCAUGCAGGACAUGUGAGAUUCUAUUUUCUCCUAAAAGUCCUUGCUUUCCUGCACUAGUAUUGACUGUUGACUAGACGGCAGCCCAUUUUUCCCAGCCCCAGUAAAACAUUUCCAUGGAAUCCCGGGAAAGCGAGAGAGGUUUCCAAAUGGUUUUAAACAUUUCAGCAGAGAUUGCCCUUUGCGGCUUUGCAUUCUCAGACUUUUUAAAAAAAAACAUUGGGUUGAUUUGAUAAGAAACGCAGCCAAACUUUGCUCUAGCUCUCCAGCACUAAUGUGCAUGGUUGAGGGGCAGGGAACCCUAGUGGAAAAUUGCUUCUGAGUGUAUGAAAUAAUUUGUCUUAGAAUCGCAAGGACCCCACGGAUCCGUUUUGGGAAUGGCUGUUCUUCCCUCUUGGAGCAAGGAGCCUUCUUGUCAUGCGAGUGGCUCUCUCUUUAAUAAAUACACUUUAUUUCAGUUUAUAAACUCAAAAUACAGUCAUAUAAUCAUUAUACCAUACAUCUGCUAUCUUCUACAUUUAUCAACAUUUAUCAAUAAAACAAACUAGACAUAUACAUUUUAAUAUAAACCUAUGUGCUAGAGGCUCUCUUGUCUUCAUGGGAAAGCACCAAUAUUAUGAGAGAGGACCCCUGGCAAACGUCCCAAUGCAUUACAAUGCAGAUUUACUUGUAACCUGAAAAACUGAUACAGGCUCUUGGAAUCUGGUACUCUCCAAGGUGCUCACCUGCUUUCCGAUUUACUCAUUUAAUAAAAAGAUUAUUUCUGCUG